CCCUCUCCUCUCCUCUCCUCUCCUCUCCUCUCUGCUUUAGGGUUGACACACAUCAGGACUCUCUGGGCUUGGGGUUUUCAGGGUUCCCCCAUCGGUUUCUCCUUGUCUUCCCCUCUCACCCUCAAGUUUUUUCUUCCUUGUUCUGUCUUGGCUCUCAUGUCUGCUGGACUUGGAGUCUGAUUGAUUAUUCAUUCCUAUUCCUUUGGGAAAAGGGGGUUGAUUUAGAGCUUUGGGGUACACAGAGACGGAGGGGCUCCCCCAUCUGUCCACCUAGCAUCCGAUGCGGCCUCGUCUCCUGCAUGGACUCUCUGGGGUCUCUGUCACCCUCUUCUGUGUGGCGCUCCUCUCCGUGAGACACAGGACUCCAGGACUCAGUGGGACAGGCCCUGGGGAGAAUAGCACCAAGCCAGGGGCCCUGGCACUCACUGACAUCUACAUUGCUGUCAAGACAACCCAGAGCUUCCAUAGGUCCCGACUGCAGCUGCUGCUGGACACUUGGAUCUCAAGGGCAAGAAAGCAGACUUACAUCUUCACCGAUGGAGAGGACCAGGCCCUCCAGGAGAGACUAGGGCCUCACCUCGUGGUCACAAACUGCUCUGCUGAGCACAGCCACCCGGCCUUGUCGUGCAAGAUGGCAGCAGAGUUCGAUGCCUUCCUGGCCAGUGGACUGAGUUGGUUCUGCCACUUGGAUGAUGACAAUUACCUGAACCCAGAACCCCUGCUGACGCUCCUGUCCUCCUUCUCACCCACCUGGGAUGUGUACGUUGGGAAACCAAGUCUGAACAGGCCCAUUGAGGCUUCAGAGCCAAUGCCCAACAACCAGAUGAGGCCAGUACGAUUCUGGUUUGCUACAGGUGGAGCUGGUUUCUGUAUCAAUCGAAAAUUGGCCAGGAAGAUGGUGCCAUGGGCCAGUGGCCCCAAUUUCCUGAGCACCUCCACGAGGAUCCGACUACCUGAUGACUGCACUGUGGGCUACAUUGUUGAGUGCAAGCUGGGGCGCCGCCUGCUCCCUAGCCCUCUGUUCCACUCCCACCUAGAGAACCUGCGGAUUCUUGGGGCUGCCCAGCUCCCAAAUCAAGUCACUCUCAGUUAUGGAGUCUUUGAGAAGAAACUCAAUGCCAUUGACCUGGAGGGCCCCUUCUCUCCACAAGAAGACCCCUCCAGUGAUCCUUAUUCUUCCCCUUGGGGUGAUAUAGAACCUUAUGGAAGAUGAUGUGGAGGAAAUUUAUGUGGGUUCCGAUCCCUCCAUUGUCUCCUCUAUCCUGAUACCUCCUGGUGCCCACAGCAGGCUACUCAGUGACUCCUGACACCUCCUUCUUGGGACAAAGGCCAUGGAAGGCCUUUGGAUACUGUGUCACUUAUAGAGGACCUGAGGGUCACCUCCAGCCCAAUCUUUCCUUCUGCAGUGGGCUUCCCAGGAAAGAGCAAGGGUAUUGCCAAUGGUGGGAUGUCUUGGUUUCCUGACCUCCGUCAGGAUGAGGUCUGGGUUUGGACAGUGGCUAUCAUCUAAGGCAUCUAGUGAUUUCCCCCAUUCAUGUGAUGCCAUCUCUCCCAGGUGACCUAGGAAAGUGUUGGGUAGCUAAGGAAGCUGAGAAGACUGAGUUGGGAGGUGAAAAGGACUGGCUCCCUGCAGUCCUAUGAAGGAUGAGUCAAACAGAAGGUUAGGGACAGAACUUUGGGGAAAAAGGGCCAGGAAGUUUCUCUACCUUCCUGGGGUGGGAGGUCCUAACUGACUACAAAGGACAAAGGAAAACUCCCAGAUGGAUCUUGGGGCAGGGUUGUCCUUCUUUGGACCUCAGUUUCCUUAUCUGAAAAACAAAGAGAUCAGAUUUGAUGGUUUCUAAGGUGUCAUUCCAUGUCUAAGGGCCUUUAGCUCUGACUAUGUUUUCAGAUCCCUCCCACUUUCUCUGUUCUGAGGGCCCUCCCAUUGCUGACAUUCCAUGCUUUGAGGUCCCUCCUAGCUUUAACAUUCUGUAAUGCCUUCUCUACUGAGUCAGACUCUUGUUGGGGCUCUGUCCUUCUGAGGCUGGCUGCAAAUACCUAUGAACUGGGCACAUCCCCCAGUAGAAUAAAGUGAGACACUGGGCUCAGUUACAAAUUGGGUCCUUUUGUAAAAGUCUAUGUGUAUAUACUGGGCACCAUCUUGGGGGCACUUGCACUGCUCCCCCUAAGACUCUAAGUGAUGGAAGAGUUGCUAAUUUGCAUUAAUAAAGAGAAUUUCCUCAUGUGGGAGUUCCUUACACCAAUGAAAUCACAAGUCCCCUCCCGAAAGUACCUUGCUACAGUGACAAAGAACAGGAGAGCCCAUUGGGUAGCAUCCCUGCUACUUUAGCCUUUCUAUUUGCCCCAGACAUCCUUCUCCAGUGAUCAGUACUAGGAUUUAGAGCAGGCAAGGCACCUUAGAGAUGAUAUGACUUGUCUCAUAUUUUGCAGAGGAGAAUACUGAGGCUAUAGAAGGAAAUUAAUUUGCCCAGAUCACACAGGUAGAUCAUGUCAACUAGACUUAGAACCCACAUUUUCUGACUCCAAAUCCAAAGUCCUUUCCAUCUGGACUUCAACCCCCCCUCCUAGGUGUGGCAUGGUGUGAUGAUUGUAACAAAGUAUGUGGCCUGGUGGUAAGGGAAGAGGGGAGUGUCAAGAGGCAGGAACCUUUUGCUUGACCCUUUGGUCCAAAAAAAUGGGAAUGGGUUUGAAUUGGGAUGUGAGAGAAAGAGGAUACUGUGUGGUUAAAGCUGAACUAAGUAACCAGAAAUAUAGUAUAGUAAGGGAGGUCCCUAAGGGGGAAGUGAUCCAGGGCCUGGCACAUAGUAGGCAUUUGAUAAAUUCAGUGGUAGAUGUCUGGGGGGGUGUUGCUGGAUGUGUUAAGGGGGAGAUUAAAACAUUCUUAUUUUA